UUUUCCUUCCACAUUGAAUUUCUUCUUCUUUCUUCUCUCAAAAGUACUCCACGACGCGUUAAAGGAACGAAGCAACCGCGUUAUCUACGUUCAUCUCUCUCUCUCUCUGACUCUCUCUAUAAGUAGCAGAACAGAUGCUUGACGAUGCUGUACUCCUAUCCAGUCUCCUGUCCAAUCACGCCUUCUUCUUAAUUUCCUGAUUAACUGUCGUUGCUCGUUUUCCACUUUCUACAGACCAGUUCUUGCUAGCUAGCUCUAGCUAGACCUUCCCGCAAUUCGAUCAUGAGCUACCAGCAGGGAUACCCGCAGCCCGGAACUGCAGCGUACCCUCCGCCGGGCCAGCAGCAGCAGCAGGCCUACGUGGCGGCGCCGCCGCCGGUCGGCUACCCACAGGCGCAGGACCAACAGUCUUACCCUGCUGGCACCGGCGACGAGACCACGAGCCGUGGCCACCACCACCACAGCGGCGGCGGCUUCUGGAGAGGAUGCUGUGCGGCGCUGUGCUGCUGCUGCCUCCUCGACGCCUGCUUCUGAUCUGAUCGAGCUUGUCCGAUGCUGCCCGUCCGUCCAUCACGAUCACGGCGACAUCGUGAUGUGUGCUACGUACUGUAGUAGCUAUCUGCAGUUGAUGCCAUUUUAUUUUUUUUAUUUUUCAUGUCUGAUGGCGUUGUAUAUAUUUUAUACGCUUGCCCAUUCAAUAUAUAUGCUUGAAGAGGAUGUGUGAGAUUGAAUGUUUGA